CAGUAAUGUGUGCUCAUAAGUUUUAGUAUUAAAACUUUUGUAGUGCAGUGUAAUAGUGAUAUCAGCUGCUAAAAAUGAACGUAGGAAUCCUGAGAGCGGACGCGGAAAAUGGGACGGUAAAUGUUCAGAUGGAAGAUGGUCUGUCAAUAAAAUUAGAAGAUUGCUGGCUACGUGAUCAUUGUAGAUGUACGAAUUGCUACCGUUCCGACACAUAUCAAAGAAUCCAUCAUUUAUUGGAAAUUCCAGAAGCAUUCAUUAACAACUUGGAUUACGACCAAGAGAAAAUAAGAGUGACAUGGAGCGACGGACACGAAUCUUUAUACAGUGCGAAUUUUUUGGCAGAAUUUCACUACAAAACUUGGAUUGAAGGUAGAAGCUUAAAACCUAUAGUUUGGCAAGGAGCCAGCGUCUCGAACAAAGUUUGCAACGUGGAUGUAGAUAGCUUCCUCAACUCGGUGGAUGGAGCUAGGAAAGUGUUUCAGUCGCUUUUGGAUUAUGGGGUCGCUUUCAUAAGUAAUGUAGAAGUGUCUGAGCAGGCCACGGAAAAAGUGUGUCAAGCCCUGGGCGGUGUCCAGCACACGUUGUUCGGCGGCAUGUGGAAAGUGUCUACAGUGAGAGAGCACGCCGACACCGCGUACACCACUGUGCCGCUGGCGGUACACAACGACAACACCUACUUCACCGAGGCUGCGGGAUUACAAAUUUUCCACUGCAUGGAACAUGAGAACGGCGCGGGUGGAGAGACGGUGCUGCUUGAUGGGUUCCACGGAGCGCUGCAGCUGAAGAGAGACCAUCCUGAGGACUUCGAGUUUCUGACACAUUUUGACCUUGAAGCUGAGUACCUGGAGGAUGGGUACCAUCACAGUUACUCCGCGCCAGUCAUCAGCCUUGACAAAUUUAACGACAUCAAGCAAAUCAGGUUCAACGUCUACGACCGUUCCCCGAUGGCGUUUGCUUCCGGUGCUGAAUGUAGAUCGUAUUAUAGGGCGCUGAGAAACCUCUCCAGAUACUAUGAGGACAAGAGGAACCAGUGGUGCUUUAAGCUCAUGCCAGGUACACUGCUGGUGUUCGACAACUUCAGAGUGCUACACGGGCGCGCGGGCUUCACGGGGCACCGCGUGCUCAGCGGCAGCUACGUGUCGCGCUCCGAUUGGCUCAGCCGUGCGAGGGUGCUGCGGCUGAUAAAGUGACAUCGUCGACAACUUCAGGGUGCUACGGCUCGUGUAGUAGACUGUAGACACUAGACAUCGUCAACAACUUCAGAGUAGUAUAAAAGUGCGCGGGCUACACGUGACGUCGACAACUUCAGGGUGUCACACGGGAGCGCGAGCUCUGCACGUGACAUCUCGACAACUGCAUGUUGUUCCUGUUCGUUCAGUAGACAACGUAAACAACUCUGCUUCUUUUUCAUAGUUAGAAUAUUUCAAUUUAUAGUUAAUUUUUAAUUUAAGUUAAUCGUGAAUAAAAUUA